ACCUCCUUCAUGCGGGUGUGUCGGGGAGGGAAGUUACACAAGAACCCGAUACCGCACCACCGGCUCUUGGCCCCGACGUACAUUCUUCCCCUUGGCAACGAAAGCAGUCCCGCGGCCAGCUUCUGCGAAGUUUAUCAUAUUCCGAAGCGCCGGCAGGAUGGGCUCUUAUUUCUCCAAGUCGUCAAGGGAUCGCUCAGAGGACUCCCCGGAGCACCCAGCCUUUGUCUCCCUAGGCAUGGUGGUCCUGGAUGAGAUUCGCUUUCCCAACGGAACCAUUCUUCACGACGUUGCGGGUGGAUCAGGCUUGUACAGCACACUCGGCGCGCGCAUGACCGACACUGCAGCUGCUCGCCCCCAAACGGUCGGCUGCUGUGUCCUGGCAGGAAGCGACUUCCCCGAUGCUGUGGAGCAGGCUAUCAAAAGCUGGGGCAUCGCCCUGACGAUCAAAAGAGAUGCCUCCAGGUUGUCCACUCGAGGCCUUCUCACGUACUUGGGGGGCAGUUUUAAAGAGAAAACUUUCGAGUACACUACCCCUCCGCUGCAACCGACGCCCGCUGACCUCAGCGGCUCACCACUGCUGCGGUCUAAGGCCUUCCACUUUCUGGCCACACCGGAGCUGAUGGACACGUUUGCAACGGACCUCGCUGUUCUCCGUCUUGAGGCCGCAGUUGCCUCACAGUCACUCAUGGUCUGGGAGCCAGCUCCAGCUUCCUGCAAUCCGGCAAACCAAAACGCACAUCUCAAGAUAGCCAAGUGCGUCGACAUAUACUCGCCCAAUCACGUCGAGUUCUUGGCCACGUUUGGCUCCGGUGACGAACCACUGGCGGAGUUUGACCGCAAAAGCAUCGAAGACAAGGCGCUCCGAGUCUUGGAAUGCGGAGUGGGACGAAACGGAGACGGCGCCGUCGUGAUCCGCUGCGGUGAGCACGGCUGCGUGGUUGCCUCUUCUUCGUACUCUGCUCGAUGGUUCCCAGCAUUUCACAGUAGUGGCUCCUCUCGUGUUGUGGACGCCACCGGUGCGGGAAACGCCUUCCUUGGUGCCUUCACGGUCAUCUUCGGCAUUGCUUCCGACCUUACCGAAGCCGCUAUCGCAGGCUCCGUUGCUGCGAGCUUUGUCAUAGAACAAGUCGGGUUGCCCGAUAGAACUUCACGCCACGGCAGGGAGAUGUGGAAUGGGGAAGAAUUCUCAGCCAGGGUUGAUCGAUUCCGUACUAUGCUCAAGACACCCGUCAAUGGGUGAGCUGCGGUAGCGUAAUAACAAGGCACUGAUUUCGCUCG